GUAUUUAGAAAAGAUGUGUUUGUAAACAAAGAAUUUGUUUCCUGGAAGCAGUAGGACUAAAUCACUUUCGUUUUCUUGCAUUUGAGAUAAUAUUUCAAAGUUGAGCUUACGAAAAUGUCGUUCUAUACACCACAAAUAAAACAGAAUCAAUGUCCGCAAGCAAGAAGUGGGCACACGGCUGUUAAACACAACGGCAACAUCAUAAUACAUGGCGGUUAUAACGAGAGGCUUGCCAGUCGCCAACGAGUGAACGAUAUGUAUAUGCCACCGGACGAGCUAUGGCUGUACAACAUGGAAGACUCUACAUGGAAGAGCAGGAAAACAAGUGGAAGCUUUCCAGGAACAGGAAUAUCUGGUGCUGCUGCAUGCGUCCUGAAUGAUAGGAUGAUCGUGUUCGGUGGAUAUGGAUGUGCUCUUGGGAGAUUAUCACUCGUCUAUGAACUCGACCUUAAGACACUUGUUUGGAGAAACCUUACUAAAGAAGGAAUUGUAAAGGGGCCCUACCCUUCCAGAAGAGACAAGUUUGUCACUUGGGUGCACCAGAAUCAAAUAAUUUUCUUUGGAGGCUAUGGGCCUCCCCCAGAGGCAAAAAACGGAAGGAACGGGGAGUUUUGUUAUGAUGAAACGGAAGGGCGUAUUGCCUUGGGUGUUGGGUGGAAUAAUGAUGUUUGUGUGCUUGACUUUUCCAUUCCAGGAGAGAUUAAAUGGCGAUAUCCUGAAUUAUCUGUCGAAAAACCACUGCCAAGAGCAGCUCAUGCAGCAACUAAAGUCCUCAACAAUGGAUAUAUUUUUGGAGGCAGAAAUAGAGAUACGAGGGUCAACGACAUGUUGUAUUUGGAUCUAGAUAGUUUUAACUGGCACAAAGUUAACUACAACUCACCAGCACCUGAAGGGAGAUCAUGGCAUGUAAUGGGUAAAAUAUCAGAAAAGUCAAUAUUUUUACAUGGCGGUCUUGAUACUGGUGGUACCCCCCUUUCAGAUAUGUGGCUGUUCAAUACUGAAACAAAACUGUGGACUGAAGUUGUUUCAAAUUCAUUUGCUACAGGGUCCCCAAGAAGGAUCUGGCAUACAGCAAUUGAAUCUGACGAUGAUGAUGAAGUGAUAAUUUUCGGUGGAUGCUCAAAUUCUGUUUUGUCAGAUGAGCCCAGUAAGCAUUCAAAUGAAAUAUUGGCGUUCAGGGCAAGCCCAAUUAAACUUGAACAAUUGUGCAUAAAACAGCUUGCAUGUGUACUGAACUCAACUCUAUGCGGGUACGAACAAUUGGCAAAUAUGCCUAAACAUAUACAGAGCAGGAUCUCAAAUCGUCUACAUAAGAGAGAAGAGCCUCCUCAUGAUGGUAACAUGAAAUGUCAAAUGAUCUGCUCUUUACUUUAGUGCACUGUUAAGCCUGGUCUAAUGGCUUUAGUGCACUGAAGUUAAAAUGCCCCUGAGCCUCUUACUGUGUCAUUGGACACAGUAAGAUUGGGCAGCUUCAGCCAAAUUUGGUUGUUGUCAUUGGUGCAAGUUAUUCUUGGCUUCCAAUGGCCUGAAGAAUGUGGUAAUAUUUGAGCCAUCCCUGGGAUGAGAUCAAAGCUGCAAUUUUACCAGAAAGACAACUUCCAACGGCAAAAUUAACGCAAGGGUUGGAAAACAAGUUGAGAUGAAUCGCUAAUCAUUAAAAAAAGUUCUCUAGACAAAUGCUGUCUCAGGAUAAUUUGCACUUACAUUGAAAUGAAUCCUUAAAUUCACCUCUUCACCAUUCCCCAUGUUUAUAUUUUUGAAAAAUAGAGCCAAGCAAUGCCAACCUUAGAAAUAACACACCAUAAAAACUGCCAUAUUCACCAAGUAUAAUGUGAUGUUUAACAGCUCUCCACACUACAUUAAAAUAGCAAAACACAAAUACACAAAAGAUUGGGCACAUAAAGACUUUGGGAGGGGGUUGGAGGGUGUCACACCCACCAAUCUUUGAAAUUCUUAGAAACAGCUGAAAAGUUUGAGAGAAAUCAGAAAAUCAAGUCAUAAUUCCAAUGCUCAUUUACAUCAGAGAACAAUAUUACAUCAUCAUGCAGAUAAAUCUUUGAUCCAGAAAGGAAGCUACUGAACUGUAUAUUGUGUAAUUAAAGGUUUAUAAACUUUUGUCACAAAAUUACAAUUGGUUUAUUGUCAGUCUAACAUUUUGUAACCGUCACCCACAAAAAUAUGAAUCAAUUUAUGCCCCUGUACAAGAUACUGAGAGCAAAGGACUACCUUCUUGAACACUGUGUUGAGCACAUUUCGGGUUACAACGAAACCCAGCAGAAACCUUGAAAUAUUGAAAAUGUGAAAGUGUGGUCUAAUGAAGUAUUCAACUACUUUUGGCCAACAUUACAUGCAAUCUGAUCUGCAUUGAUAAAUCAAAGUGGUAUUGGAUAUGUUCAGUGUUUUUUUAAGUUAGUCAUAUGACUUAGCAAUGAUGCAUUCUUUCAAUUUUUGUUCCUAAAGGGGUUAUUCACUUAGUAUGUGUGCAAAAGUUUUGAUAUUUUCAGCCCCGCACCCGUUGCAUGCAUACAUUAUCUUUGAAUUUAAAACCCCUAUUAGCAAAAUUCCAACCCCCUAUGCACAUUUAUCUGCCAGAUACACUGUGCAAAUGAAUCAGUAUGGUGUGAGGAACAUUUUUCAAAUGACAACAGUGAUACAAAGAAUAAUACAAAAAUGUUUACUCUGAGGUCCAUUAAAAGCCCCAAUAAAGAACUGUACCACAACCCAUGGUUGUAGCUUUGAGUCAAUAAUCAGUUUGGAAAAACAGUAUCUAAAAAAUAUUUUGCGUACAUUCUAACACUAACUCCAUCAAACCCCUUUACCCCCAUGCACACCAACAUAGGCUUUCUGAAACAUUUGUUUAGUUAAUAUUUACUAAUAAUCUGACCAUUGCAAAAAAUGAUUAUAUGAUGAAGCAUUCUUUGGAAGAAUUUAUAUAAGCCUUAUGGGACUUUCAGGUGUGCCCCUAUUACUAAAUCACCAUCAUCCCCUAUGUGAAUAUAAACCUGGAUAUAAAUUCAAUCAUAUCUCAUAAUGUAAAAAAUUGUUUAAAGAAAAUUAAGUUAAGGGUUUAGAGUUUGAAACUAGACAUUUCCAUAGUUUUGUUUGUACUUAGAGAAAACAUUUAUCUCUUAUUGAAAUUUUCAGCAGUGGCUUCUGUGAAGCUUGCAACUUUUGAAAUUGGUAUCAGAUAGACUGCUACACCUGUACAGUAUUUCUACUUUUAGUAUAAUAGUUUGAAUGCUUUUGGAGACUUGACAUCCAAUUACCUUAUACAAGCAUAGCA